AUGACUAACGAUUUAAUUCUGCGUGUUCAAGAUCUGCAGACCCACUUCUUCACUCGCACCGGUGUGGUGAAGGCGGUAGACGGAAUCAGCUUCGAACUGCAUCGCGGCGAGACGUUGGGCAUUGUCGGCGAAUCCGGAUCCGGUAAGAGCAUGACCGCAUGGUCGAUCCUGGGAAUGGUUCCUCAUCCGGGUCGAAUCGUCGGUGGGAGCAUACAUUACCUGGGAGAAAACCUGCUGGACAAAAGCAAGGGGGAGAUGCAGGACAUACGCGGUUCCGGCAUUUGUAUGGUAAUGCAGGACCCGUUGACGUCGUUGAAUCCGGUGUUUACGGUGGGCGACCAGCUGACGGAAACCCUGCGCCUUGAGUACAACGAGUCCAGGCGGUCGUUGCGUCAGCGUGCGAUCGAUUUGCUGGCCAACGUUCGAAUACCGGCGCCGGAAGACCGUAUGACCAACUUCCCCCAUCAGAUGAGCGGCGGAAUGCGGCAGCGUGUGGUUGGGGCCAUCUCAAUCUCCAGGUCGCCGAACCUGCUGAUCGCCGACGAGCCGACGACUUCGCUCGAUGCCACGAUCCAGCUACAGUACCUGCGUUUGCUGAAGGAUAUUCAGGAGCAGACCGGGGCGGCGAUCAUAUUCAUUACCCACGACUUCGGGAUAGUAGCGCGGAUGUGCGAUCGGGUGGCGGUGAUGUAUGCCGGCCGGAUUGUCGAGCAGUCGGACGUUGAGGAUAUGUUCGAUCAUCCAGGGCAUCCUUACACGGAGGCGCUGUUGCAGUCGGUGCCGGAUCUGGACACCGACGUGGCCACCGCGAGCGAUGAGUCGCUGGUGCGACUGGAAGGCAUCAGGAAGCAUUUCCCGGUAUACAGAGGGAAUCUGCUGCGGCGCAUGACCGGCACGGUCAAGGCUGUGGAUGGCAUUUCGAUCAAGAUAAUGCCCGGCCAGACUUACAGCCUGGUCGGCGAAUCUGGCUGCGGCAAAACGACGACGAGCCGAAUGGUGCUGAUGGCCGACCGGCCCACGGAAGGAAGCAUCUACUUUGACAAUCGGCCGAUGAACCGUUUCAGCGGUGCGGAACGGCGGAAUUUCAAGGCGUCGGUGCAGGCGGUUUUUCAGGACCCCUGGAGUUCGUUGAAUCCCCGCAUGAGGGUAGAUCAGAUAAUUUCGGAACCGCUGGUAACGCACCGGAGUCUCAGUCGUGCGGAGGUGCGUUCGCAAGUUCAGGAGCUAUUGCAGGUGGUGGGCCUGCAUCCGUUUCACGCCGAGCGAUAUCCCCAUGAGUUCAGUGGAGGGCAACGCCAGCGCAUCGCCAUCGCGCGGGCCCUGUCGACGCGACCCAAGCUGAUUGUGCUGGACGAACCGGUAUCGGCGUUGGAUGUUUCGAUCCGGGCGCAGAUAUUGAACCUGCUGAAGGAGCUCCAAUCCACCUAUAAUCUCAGUUACCUGCUGAUCGCCCACAACUUGGCAACGGUGCGGUAUAUGAGCCAUACGGUGGGGGUGAUGUACCUUGGCAAGAUCGUGGAAGAAUCGCCACCGGCGGAGCUUUUCACCAACGCCCAACAUCCCUAUACCCGAGCGCUGAUUUCGGCGUCGCUGCCGGCGCAUCCUCGCCAGAGACGUGAGGAGAUUGUGUUGGCGGGUGAGGUGCCCUCGCCGCUGAACCCCCCUGGUGGCUGUACAUUCCAUCCGCGUUGCCCGUUCGUGAUGGAACGGUGUUCGGUGGACAUACCGCUGUUGAAGGCAUACAGCUCGGGCCACAUGACCGCCUGCCACCUGUACGAAGAUGGUGUGCCGGUGGCCGGAUAG